UUACAUACCCUUGUAAGUUGUAAGACUUUCUCCCUCCAGUCUUUUUCCUCAGUAGCUAAACUUCUAGAGAGAGAGAGAGAGAGAGAGAGAGAGAGGAUGGAGUCCAUGGUGAUGAAGAGAUCAGCCCCUUCACUUGAACAUGGAAGAAGAGUAAAAAUCAUCAUGAGGGAAGCUAUAAUGAUGUUAAUAAUGGCAGUCUCUGUUGGAUAUCUUAUUAUGUGGGUAAUGACAUCGACUCACAUGUACAAGACAUGGUUUGGGAAGAUUCUUGUUAACACCAAUUCAACUUACUUUGGUUUCCAAGGUCCAACAAUUCUGGUUUACACAUUCCCUGUUCUAUUCAUUGCUGUUAUGAGUUGUGUAUAUCUCCAUUUGGGAAAGCAAGUGAGUAACAAUAGCACAGAAAGGUGCAAUGGGAAAACACAUAAACUUGGUUCGUGGAAAAGACCAAUGAUCAUCAAAGGGCUAGGGAUUGUUUGUGGGAUAGAGCUAGCCAUGCUUGUGAUGUUCAUUGCACUCUUGGUUUGGUCUUUCUCUGCUUACUUGCACAUCUUCUUCUCCGAUGUCAGACGGCAAGUAAUGCAAAAGGGCGAUAAAAUAUGGGAGGUUAAAUUGGAAAGAGUUGGUCUAACACUAGGCCUGGUUGGGAACAUAUGCCUAGCAUUUCUAUUCUUCCCAGUGACACGUGGCUCAUCAUUAUUGCCUAUUUUUGGACUCUCCCCAGAGGCUAGCAUCAAGUAUCAUAUUUGGCUUGGACACAUUACCAUGGUCCUCUUCACCUCUCAUGGUGUCGUCUACAUCAUCUAUUGGGUUGUUGCCAACAAGUUUUCAGAGGUGCUCAAGUGGAGUACCAUCAGGGUAUCAAAUGUAGCUGGAGAACUAUCUUUGCUAUUUGGUUUGUUCUUGUGGGUAACAACCUACCCUCGGAUAAGGCAAAAAAUGUUUGAACUCUUCUUUUACACUCAUCACUUGUACAUUCUCUUCAUGAUUUUCUACAUUUUCCAUCUCGGCUUCUCUUAUUCCUACACCAUUCUUCCCGGUUUCUAUCUCUUCAUGGUCGAUCGGUUCUUGAGGUUCUUACAAUCACGACAAGGCAUUCAUUUAGUUUCUGCUCGUGUCAUGUCGUGUGAAACUGUGGAGCUCAACUAUUCCAAGAGUCGAGCUUUGAGUUACACUCCAACAAGCAUCAUCUUCAUAAAUGUGCCCUCCAUUUCAAGACUACAAUGGCACCCUUUCACCAUUAGCUCAAGUAGUAAUCUCGAACCGGACGAGCUAAGCAUCAUCAUAAAAAAUGAAGGAAGUUGGAGUGAGAAGCUCUAUCAGAUGCUUUCUUCACCAUCUCCGGUGGAUCAUCUUCGCAUGUCCAUUGAAGGACCUUAUGGACCUAUUUCAACUGAUUUUCUUAGGCAUGACAUGCUUGUGAUGGUUAGUGGAGGCAGUGGCAUUGCUCCAUUCAUCUCCAUCACGCGUGACCUCAUCUUCACAACCUCAACCCUAAAAUCCACCACCACUCCACAAAUUCUUCUCAUCAGUGCAUUCAAAUUUUCAUCCGACCUCGCCAUGCUAGACCUUCUCUUUCCACAUUCCAAAACCCCAUCUGAACUUCUCAACUUCGAACUCCACAUUGAGGCCUACAUAACAAGAGAAAAACAACCCAUAUCGGAGAACGAACAAAAGCCUCUCCGAACCAUCCGGUUCAAGCCUAAUCCCUCGGAUGCACCCUUGUCUCCCACUUUAGGCCCCAAUGGUUGGCUCUGGCUCGGUGCAAUCGUGUCAUCAUCUUUCAUCGUCUUCCUUCUCUUCAUGGGGAUUCUUACCCGGUUCUAUAUUUACCCCAUCGAUCACAACACGAAUAGGGUUUACUCGCACACUUCACAAGCUAUGUUGAAUAUGUUGCUCGUAUGCAUAGCCAUUGCCAUGACAGGUUGUAUAGGUUUUGUUUGGAGCAAGAAACAGAUAGCCAUGGAAGCAACAAAACAGGUUCAAGAUAUGGAAGGUGGAAAGCUAACUAGGUUUAGUGAUGAUAGGGAGUUGGAAAGCCUACCUCACCAGUCUAUUGGCAAACCUAACAAUGUGCAUUAUGGUGGAAGGCCUGACCUAAAGAGAAUUUUGUUAGAGCGCAAGGAGUCAAGUGUUGGAGUUCUUGUUUGUGGGCCUAAGAAUAUGAGACAUGAGGUUGCAGCCAUUUGUUCAUCUGGGUUGGCACACAACUUGCAUUUUGAGUCCAUUAGUUUUAGCUGGUGAUGUGAUUCACACAUCCAUUACAAAGAUCUAUCUUUAUUAAAGUUCAUAAAAAAUGAUUUUUACAUUCAAUAUUUGUUUCUCCUUUAUAUAUUAUGUUUUUGCAUAUAGUUGUUCAGGCAACUUGUAAUAGUAUUAUUAUAUUGGAGUUUUGGGUUCAACCUCG